GGGUGGGGGAGGAGGGAAAGCGGCGAGUAAGAUGGAAGAUGAGGAGGUCGCUGAGAGCUGGGAGGAGGCGGCAGACAGCGGGGAAAUAGACAGACGGUUGGAAAAAAAACUGAAGAUCACACAAAAGGAGAGCAGGAAAUCCAAAUCUCCUCCCAAAGUGCCCAUUGUGAUUCAGGACGAUAGCCUUCCCACGGGGCCCCCUCCACAGAUCCGCAUCCUCAAGAGGCCCACCAGCAACGGUGUGGUCAGCAGCCCCAACUCCACCAGCAGGCCAGCCCUUCCCGUCAAGUCCCUAGCACAGCGGGAGGCGGAAUACGCGGAGGCCCGGAAGCGGAUCCUGGGCAGUGCCAGCCCCGAGGAGGAGCAAGAGAAACCCAUCCUCGACAGGCCAACCAGGAUCUCCCAACCUGAAGACAGCAGGCAGCCCAACAAUGUGAUCAGACAGCCUUUGGGUCCUGAUGGGUCACAAGGCUUCAAACAGCGCAGAUAAAUGCGGGCUGGAAAGGAUGCCGCCGCCAUCGCCACCUCCUGGGUCGUCCGCUGCGGGUCGCACUGCCGUGGCAGACAGCUGGACUUGAGCAGAGGGAACGACCUGACUUACUUGCACUGUGAUCCCCUUUGCUCCGCCCACUGUGACCUUGAACCCCAUGCACUGUGACCUCCCUCCCCCCCCUUCCCACUGUGAUUGGCAUGUCUACAAGGGCUGUCCCAAGUCAAUGGAAAGGGAAAGGGUGGGGGUUAGAGGAGGGUUGAGGGGACCCACCAAGGACUCAGAGAGUCAGACAGUGCCACUUGGCCACUUGGGGUAAAGCCAGUGCCAGCAAUAACAGUUUAUCAUGCUCAUUAAUUUUGAAUUUCAAACACAAAUGAGGACUCCCAUCCACCCACCCUCAAGUGCAUGUCUUCAUCACUUAAAAGCAAGUUCCAUUUGAAAAUAUCCUUUCUUUUUUUUCCCUUUCCUUCCUAUUUUUGUUUGUUUAUACAAAUAUUUGAUUUGAAAAAAAAAAGUGCAUGGGAGGGGUUUUAGCAGUUUAAUGAAUUUUUAAUUGAGAAAAAGGGUAGUUUGGUAGUCAAUUUAAAAAUGUUUCUGGGCAAUUCACUAGAAACAUUAACCAAUAGGAUUUUGGUGAGCUUAGCUUCUGUAUUCUUACUGCCGCCCAGAAAAGGGGCAGGGCUCUGCAGCCCCCGGGACAGAUGAGCACCCCAUGCCUAUACCUCCCUCCCUGCAGCUAAGUCCCAGAGCAUCUGGGCCCUACCUGGAGACUGGGCUGUAACUCUGUAGGCUCAGAGAGCCUGGGGAGGGUGCUAAUCCCUCACCUCUAGUAUUUCGGGAGAUAGGGAAAGUGAACAGACUUCCCCUUCCAAACCCCUCAGGAUGGUUCCCUACCAGCCAGGCUUACUACUUCUAGAAGAGAGCAGGGAGUGAGGCUGCACUCCCCGGCUUUAGGAGUGUGGGCUGUGAGAUUUAUGCAGUAUUGUGCUGUCGGCACAAGGAAAGCCAGGAGAGACUCUGCCUCCAGGAUUCUGCGCCUCCUGCCUAGUGUGCUUAGUAGGUAGGCAGAUCUUCCCAGUCCAGCAAGGCUGAGAACUCUCAAGGGUCAGGGGAGGGCCAUCUCUGUUGAUGGCAUCAGCUUGUUAACUACUGCCUGAUACAUUUCCUUUGAGAAGUUGCUGCCUUGAGAGCGGACUGUUCUGAAUCCAUUUGGGAAAAGACAGGCUGUGCAUUUUGCAAAGAUUGGUCAUGACAGACUGGUUCCCCUUAGGCCUCUGCUGUUCUCCACUGCUUUUUCCUGAGAAGGGCCUGGAGUGAAGGCAGUUUCCCCUCUGUCCUUGGAGCCAAGAGAUAGGCUUUGGCUCUUUGAGGUGGAAGAGGCUUAGCGGGCCCUACCCAGAGCAGCUGUGUGUGUGCAGUCUGGCCCCGCUCAGGCUUUCCAAUCUCUUCCGUUGCACCGCGCCUUAUGUCCCUCAGACAGCCAGACAGCCUCCUCGCUCAGCAGAUGAGUUCUGGAGUGGUUGGUGUGACUUUUGUGAGCAGGGCAGCUUGCGGUGGCCAAGGUGGCAAGCUGGGUCUUGCAGGCUUGCUCCACCUUUGGUGUGCCCGGCCCUCAGCCUUGCCCUGUGCAGAUGUCAGCCAGGCCCGCUCCGUCUUCCCCUUAGGAGGAAAGGCCAGCUGUCACUUGGGUCAGCAGCUAGUCCACAGCACAACCUUACAACUGUGUGAAGCCAGGAAGUUGUCGGUGCGCAGAGCUGGAACAGAGCCUCAGUCAGUAGGAAUCCGCAGGAUGUUAAGUGAUGCCCACAGGCUGUCCUAAGGGGAAAGGACCUUGAGGAGUGGCCACGGGAGAAGGUUGCUGCUGUCUUUACAGUUCCACUGCCCUGAACAGGUUUCUGCAUUUGAAAUGGAUAGUGUCCAUCCUUCAUGUAGUAGCGGUUUCUGGCCCAGGAUAAGACGCUCCUUGUCCGUGGGGGAACGGGACAGAGGGAGCCAGGUGGGAAGGCCGGAAGUGCUGAUGGCUCAGCAGUUGGGACCACCUGUUCUUGCCACCCUCCUCUCGUGGGAGCCCAGGGAAGGCUUGCUGAUGGGCGUCUGUGCGUCGAGGAUGUAGUAGGGACUGAUGUGCCCACCUCCCUCUGGCCAAAGAUGGGGCUCUGCCCGCCGUGUGCCUGUCACCACCCACCAGCAGUCUUAUCCUGACUUCCCAGAUGGAGAGGCGGCAGGCAACGUUUUUAAAAGAAAGAAAUGAAAACAGGAAACUGUUGUGUUCGGGGGAGGUGGGAGGGGAGAUGGGAGAACGGUUUGGAUUUUGUGUGUCUGUGGGUGGUUUUUGAUUUGUUUCUUUUCUUUUUUUGUAGUUGUCUAACUUUCCUUAAGUGCUUUUUUUUUUUUUUUUUUUUAAUUUUAAAGUAAGCUGCAGGCUUUGGCUUGGAAAACCCCAGGGGAGUAGGGGGCAGAAACCUGAGGCUGCUGCCCCUUUAUCUGCCUUCACGGUACUGUCCCCUUCCCUCAGCUCCUCCCUAACCCUGUGAGCCAGGCCUCAGACCUUCCAGCUAACCGCUUCCCAUGAGCCACUACUCUGAUGUCAGCCUAUAACCAAAGGAGCUGGGGGUCUGGGCCUGGUGACCAACCCUUCUCCGCCCACUCAAUCAGGGUGCUCCCCACCUGCAGGCAGGAGGCAACACCCUAUCUGCUACCAUCAGCCCCUUCCAGAGCCCACUGCCCCGCCCUGUCCUGUCUAGCCCAGCCGUACCCUGCUCUGCCCCAUCUGGGGAUGCUCUGCUCAGGGAUGGGCCGGCAGGGCUGCCCCAGCCUCCCUGGUAGGCAGAGACUCUGGAAACCUUUGGGGGCCAGUUUUUGGCCAUGUGAUCCCAGGGGUGCACGUGGGCCCCUUGGGUAUCUGAACAGAAGGGCGCGGGAGGGAGGGGCGCACCCCUGCGGUCCUGCUCUGCUGGUCUAGCGGGCAGCUGCCCACCCUACCCCACCCCGCACCGCGGGCUCCUGAGUCGGCAGAUUAAGCAUUUUAUAAAUUGUAUUUUAAAUACAUGUUUUAAACUUGUCA